AUGGCUACCCCGCCUGUACUAGCUUUCGAUGCUGAGGGCCGCCCGGUGAAGUUUGACACCUGGCUUGAUGACCUGCACCUCUUCCUACAGCUCACUGCCAAGGAGGACAUCUCACUGUAUGACCACGCCCUCGGCCAUGCUCCUGCCCCUGCUACUGAUGCUGACAGCACUACCCGCUCACAGUGGCAGACUCGUGACGCCCACGCUCGCUUUGCUAUCCGCAACUCCCUGCCGUUAGAUGAGCGCGAGCACUUUGGCCAGCACAAGACUGCACAGAAACGGUACAAAGCUGUCGUUGCCCGCUACUCCUCACCUGCCUCUGCCGCACUAGGCCGUCUCUCACUCCCCUACCUGUUCCCCGACCUGGCCUCUUUUCACACAGUCGCUAACCUCAUCACGCACCUCCGCACUAGUGAGGCUCGCUUCCGUGCCGCCAUGCCCGCCGAGUUCCUUGCUACGGAUCACUUCCUCGCUCGCUGCCCCACUGAGCUUACCAUCGACCUCCUCGAGAAGGAACUGCUUGCAGCUGAGGCUAGCAUAGUCGCUCCUCUGCUUCUGCUGUCGACCUCCUUGGUGCUGAGAAGGUCGGGACUGCGUCUGCUUCGAGCGGACGCCGCAGGGGCAAAGGGGGCAAGGGAGGGGAAGGUGACGGCGGGGGAGGCGGUGGUGGAGGCGGUGGCGGCGGUGGGGGUGGUGGUCGUGGGUGGGGCUGGAGGGACUAGUGGCGGCGGUGGGGGUGGUGGCGGCAGCGGCGGGGGAGGUGGCAGGGGCGGGGGCGGUGGUGGGGGCGGCGGUGGUCGAGGCGGCGGUAGGGGAGGGGGUGGUCGCGGAGGUGGCGGCGGCGGUGGUGGUCGCGCUGGCAGCGGCAAGAGUUCGCAGCACACUCCGACACCCCAGGAGGCCCUGGAGAGGGUGCUCAGUACCUGUGUGUUCCGCCCGACCCGGGCAUUCGGACCAGUGAGGCUGCCGCUCUAG